UCUCUUGGUCUAGAUGCAUACAGACUAUGAUGGCACCGCGUUUUUGUUGGUUUCUGCUCGUCAUAGCUGGCUGCGGAAUCGUGAGCGUUGCAUGCGAUAAGGUUGAUUCGUGUUUCAUGAGAUGUCAUGCGAUCCUUUCUAUUAUUUUAUCUCAUGAAGAUGACCCAAGUCACAGCUCACAGUCCGCAGAAACAACCACAAGCAAAGAGACAGCCGCCACCCGUGUGACCUGGGAUUCUCUAUCUGACCUGGACAUCCACCGGUUCUGCGGAAUCUACUGUCUGAGCAUGGGACAUGAGCAGAAAGCGCCGUUAACCCAGACUCAGCAGCAACAACUAUCGGGGCCCACGUUGUCGCAGUCCAGUCAGGCACGUGUCGCCAAGAAGCCAACAAUAAACGCCGUCAAGAACGCUUCGUAUUCGAGUAAGAAGAGCAAGGCCCACCAACACCAUAUUCACUGAGGAGACGAAGUCUGCUGGCUUCUGUUAUAUGCCGAAACAUUAGUGUGUCCUUCACUGUAUAACCAAAAUAAUUCACAAUAAUCCAAAAGCAGUAAUAAAAGUUGGUUG